AUGCUCAAGCUCCAGCGAAUCCGACAAGGACCCAGCUCACGGGAUGACGACACUACGGACCCAGCUCCAGAUCGUCUCGAAAACCAUGCACUCAAACCCACUCCUUGCCGAAGACAGAUCAGCCCUCCUUGGGUCCCUUGCCGAACGGCACCCGCCGCCCGGAUUCCUUCCUCCUGGCAGCUGACUCAGAGCCCAGCUCCAGCUUGCCGAAGCUGCUGA